CACCGCCGGGCGGCGCUUGAGCACUGCAGGAUCGCCGCGCCCGCAUCCCCGGCAGCCGAGCCGGGCUGAACCGAGCUGAACCGAGCCGGGCAGAGCCGAACUGAGCCGGGCAGAGCUUGGCCAGACGGGAGCUGCUGCCGGGUGGGAGCAUCCCAAAGGGUCCCUCCCCGGGCUGUGCCCCCCAGGAGCCCGGCACCACCGACAGCAACUUCGCCGCCGUGCGAGUGUUUGCGUGAUUUAUCCCGGCCGGAGUUUUGCAAAGCCGCUGAACAGCCCGAGCCCCGUGCAGCAACCUGUUCCCCCCCCUCCCCGCCCCGAGGCUGCCGGAGGAGGAGGAAUUAGCGCUGGCGAUUACCCGGGGAGAGGGGAGGUGUCUCGCAACAGGGACCUCUCCUCGCCAAUGGAGCCGGCGGCUGCCCGCAGCGGCGGCAGGCUGUGAAGAGGCGGCACGGGGCGAGGAGGCAGCGGUCCCGGGAAAGGGCGGAGCGCCGGGGGGGGUCCUCCCGGCUCCGCAGCCGCUACAUUAUUAACUCGGCGCGGCGGAGACGGCGCCACAACUUUCCGGCUCUGCCCCGGGAGGCGGCGAGCAGAGAGCAUCCCGCAGCCGGGCGGCCAUGCGGGCUGCCCCCAGCCCCGCUCAGCGGGGGGGGCGCCUCCUCUGAAAGGCGAACGGGCCGGCCACCCCCCCUCCCCUCCUUUCCCGGCCAUGCGGCCCCUCGGCGCUCCCCUCGCCCUGCUGCUGUGCCAGGUGCUGGGCUCAUGGGCCGCCUGCGCCCUGCUCCCCGCUACGGGCUCCGGGCUGCAAGAAAACCCUCCUCGCCCCUCGUCUCCGCCGGCCACGGCGCCCCCCGGCCCUGGAAGCCGGGCUGCCGCUGCUCUCCGCGGGCGCGGAGCCCCCCCGGCGGGGCCCGGGGGCACCUGCGGGGCUGCGGGGCCCGGGCGGAGGCGGGCGCGGAGCAGCGGGGCCGGCCUGGGGGCUGCGGGGGGCCCCCGGUGGCUGCCCCUGAACGGCUCGGGCCGAGGAGGAGAGGGGGGCGCGGGGGGUCGAGGUAACGGCACCGGGCGCCGCGCCCGGCUCCGCAACCCCUUCUACCCGCUGACCGAGGAGUCGUACGGAGCCUACGCCGUGAUGUGCCUCUCCGUGGUGAUCUUCGGCAUCGGCAUCAUGGGCAACAUGGCAGUGAUGUGCAUCGUCUGCCACAACUACUACAUGCGGAGCAUCUCCAACUCCCUGCUGGCCAACCUGGCCUUCUGGGACUUCCUCAUCGUCUUCUUCUGCCUGCCGCUGGUCAUCUUCCAGGAGCUCACCAAGAAGUGGCUCCUAGAGGACUUCUCCUGCAAAAUCGUCCCGUACAUCGAGGUAGCUUCUCUUGGAGUCACCACCUUCACACUGUGUGCCCUCUGCAUUGAUCGGUUCCGUGCUGCCACCAAUGUACAGAUGUACUACGAGAUGAUUGAGAACUGCACCUCGACGACUGCGAAGCUCGCUGUCAUAUGGGUUGGGGCACUGCUGCUGGCACUGCCAGAGGUUGUGCUGCGUCAGCUGACGAAGGAGGACCCUGAAUACAGUGGCAGCCCACCAGGGGAGCGGUGCGUGGUGAAGAUAUCCACUACCCUACCCGACACCAUUUACGUGUUAGCUCUUACAUACGAUGGGGCAAGACUCUGGUGGUACUUUGGCUGCUAUUUUUGUUUGCCUACCCUUUUCACUAUUACCUGCUCCCUGGUAACAGCAAGGAAAAUCAGGAGGGCGGAAAAGGCUUGCACAAGAGGGAACAAGCGACAAAUUCAGCUAGAAAGUCAGAUGAACUGCACAGUUGUGGCUUUGACCAUUUUAUAUGGGUUUUGCAUCAUUCCUGAAAACAUCUGCAACAUUGUGACUGCCUACAUGUCCACAGGGGUCUCUCGGCAGACUAUGGAUCUCCUCCAUCUCAUUAGCCAGUUCCUUUUGUUCUUUAAGUCCUGUGUUACGCCAGUCCUCCUUUUCUGUCUUUGUAAACCUUUCAGCCGGGCCUUUAUGGAGUGUUGCUGUUGCUGCUGUGAUGAAUGCAUCCAGAAAUCUUCAACAGUGACAAGUGAUGACAAUGACAAUGAGUACACCACAGAACUGGAGCUCUCCCCUUUCAGCACCAUCCGUCGUGAAAUGUCUACCUUUGCCUCUGUGGGGACUCAUUGUUAAUUGACCUUAGGACUUUAUUUCCUGUAUCUUUUUCUUUUUUCUUUCUUUCUUUUUUAUUUUUCUUUUUUAUUGUUUUUUUUGUUUGUUUGUUUGUUUUUUUUUUUUUUAACUUCAUAUUUUCCUUCUGGAAGAAAAGUGUUAGAAAAAGAAUUGAUUAUUGAAAACUACUCAGAAUCCAAUCUGCAUAUUAACAGUCAUGCUUUGGAAAAUAAUUUCUGUUUGGUUAUUAAAAUGAAAGAAAAGGAGAGGAGAGACAGUACUCAGUUUUAAAUCAUGAUAUUUUGUAUGGUGCUAGGAUAUUAUUGCUUAGGAAGGAGAAUUCAUAUCAGUCCACUUUUAUUUAAUUUCAUGAUUUUUUUAUAAUCACUGUAAUAUGAUUAUAUAGACAUUGUGGGUUUUGCAGGAUGUUAAAUGUCAAAGAUGUGGUGGAAAGUUUUUGAAGGUAGUUUUAAUCCAAUUACUGUACACUAUUGUGAGAACUCUUGGACUUUGGAAAAUUUAUAAAGUAGCAUAAAAAUAAAUGAAGUUUUAUUCUUUAACAUCCUUGUCAAUCUGCAUUUAACAAGGAUCGCUUCUAAGUAGGAUUAAAAUCCUUUAAUAAGUAAAAAAAUCUUUACUUUGCAUAAAAUAAUUUAAAUAGCCACAUUCGUGUACUUAGCCUUGGAGACUAUAACAGGGUGUUUAAGGAAGAUAGUAAUAAUGACAUUAGAUUUACACGAGUGGAUUUUAAAUAUAUAUUAUGAAGAUCCAAUGUGCCUCAUUGAAACUUUCCUUCUUGACCUACAGUUAUACAAAACCUGAGUUAUUUUGUACUUCUUAAGAAGAAAGAUUUACUUUCUCACUAAAAUUUGUCUUGUGUGGUUU